GUUGGAGAGCGGGAUGUUCUUUCCUUUACUUCCAACAAAGAUUUAUACUCAUACUUAGACACUGUCCAUUCCGACUCUUUGCCUAUAAUCGAUAUGUCCGUAGCAGAGAAGUGGUCCUAUCCAGAUAAUAACGUGGCAAGCACUCAGGUCCGUAAAUCUGGUUUCAUUGGCAAUUAUAAUUCGACAAUAGUGGGGAAUUAUACAUUGUUGCAGGAAGAUAACUACAUCACUAUCGAAGCAUCGGCCGGCGUCGGGGUAGCAGAGCUAACCAAUUUAGCUGAUCAAUACCUACUACGACUUGCAGCCGACACUUACUUGAAUGAUACCGCGCCUUUCAUUGAAAGUCUGAAAAGCCCUGUUGUUCCUUCACCUACCAUUGGACAUGAUACUUUCAGUCGGUAUGCUUAUGCCGGGUUCUAUGCUGAUGACAACAUAAAGAUGUGGCAAGAGGUCACUAGCAUAUAUUGGGAUACUCCAUAUCCUGUCGACUGUUCACAUGAAAUACUCAAUGCAGAGGAGUAUCCCGCCAAUAUCACUGCCGUUUGCACCUACGCAAGCCAAGUUAACCAGACUUCCGGAGCAUCCAUAAAAGCUAUCAUCUUAGAAGAACAGGAUGGCUGGGUUGUAAUAACAGCGGCUGUUUCCAGCAUCUUCUAUGGCCAAAGGAAAGUUAGAUUUCUAGCUUUAAAGAAAAGAAUAUCCUUGGCAGACCCCAAUUUAAUGGGUCCAAAGGUUACAAACACAACAUCUUUUACGGGGCAAAUACAUUCGACAAAUGUAGAUAUAUCCAUCCAAAACCAAGAAGAUAUGAAAAUAAAGGGUAGUGGAUCUUCAAAGAGAUCCUUGGUUCGACGAGCUGCUACCGAUUUGGAUCCGCGACAACUUGCCUACAUCAAACUAUACUUGGUACUACAAGCUGGAUUUAAUGGGAUGAGUGGUGUGCAAAAUGCUCCAGUCUUUGAAGCCGCAGACAUGAAUCUCAUUAUGGUUCUCAUCCUCUUGCUGUUCCCAGCAGCGUGCAUUAUUUUCAAAUUAUUGAUCAACCUGAUGCGACCUUAUACUGUGAUGGCAUUUGCAUCAAACAGUAUUUGGGAUAUGGUGUUAUCUUCAACGCUGACUGAGCAGUCUAGUUGUUAUACACCAGUCACCUCUCAAGUAGAUGCCUUCGUUGUCGCCUCGGGACGCGGGGCACGUACCUUUCUGGAAAUCAAUGGCAAAUCUCUAGUACGUCGGCACCUUGAUAAUGACAAGGAGCCUUUAUUUAGCGAAGACACGAAAGGCUUCGUAUCAAAAUGUAGAAUUCUGACAGGGUGAAGUAAAACAGAUGUAUAGCAUCAACAAGCUCUACGGCACUAAAUUUUGUCAUCGAUAUCAGCAAUUACGGGAUCAUAAUAGUCGUAUCAAUUGCUUAAUAUUCAUUUCAAAAAAGAUAAUGAUGCAUGUGGCUGAUAGC